AUGUCGCGUCCAUCCACAAUGCAAACCAGUCCAUGCGACGCUGCGCUCACCCUAGGGUCGCAAACCAACUCGGAAGAGUCGCUCACACCUAAAGGUGUCCAUCCUCGAGAGUGGGGACGUACACCUGUUGCUGCGCAUCUGCAUCAUGAACUUGGCGUCAGUCCAGUCGUGGCAACUUGCAUGUUCGUUUCAACCUAUUUGAUCGGCCAAACGAUUGGCGGUGCCAUCUUUCCCCCUUUUUCCGAGUCCUUCGGACGCAAGAAUCUCUACAUCAUCAGUACAGGCUUCUACAGCUUGUUCUGCAUCCUUGUUGGAAGAGUGCCAACUAUCGCCGGAAUAGUGAUUGGCCGUUUUGGCAGCGGCUUCCUUUCUUCUAUACCCACUGUGAUUGCUACUGGAAGUAUUGAAGACCUGUGGGAUACAAAUGAGCGAGUGUGGUGGGUAUUCUGGUGGGCCCUGUUAGCCAAUCUUGGUAUAUUGGCGGGACCCGUUUUUGGUGAACUGAUUACCGACCAUGCUGACUGGACCUGGGUUUUCUAUACCGCGGCCGUUGUGACGGCUUUCGUCGCAAUUCUGUUCCUCACCAUCAGAGAGUCACGUCCAUCAGUUGCGUUGGCCCACCAUGGUUCCCAUCCCAAAGCCGGCAAGUGGCACAUUCCAGUCAGCUACGAAAAGUUCGACCUCAGUCGACCUGUUCGUCUCUUAUUCACGGAGCCUAUCGUGUUCUUGGUGGCGACCAUCAGCGCCAUUGCGUUCGGACUCAUCUACCUUUUCACAGAGGUCUUACCCUUGGUGUACAAGGAGUUGGGGUUCAACGAUGGCUGGAAGAAUAUGCCAUUCCUUGCUCUGGUAAUUGGAAUGCUCCUCAGCAUACUUACUAGGUUCUACGAUGCCCGCGUCCUGGCCAGGGCUGAAAAGCCAGUCAGUCCGGAGUCCAAGUUCACCGGCUACCUCAUUGGGGCGCCUGCGCUAGCGAUUGGUCUUUGGUGGUUCGCGUGGACGAUUCCUCCUCGCGUGUCAGUCCACUGGAUUGUCCCGACUUUGGCCCUUGUGCCGGUGGGGUACGCAGUCAACGAGCUUGACCACGUCUUGGCUGGGUACUUGUCGGACUGCUAUGACACUUACACGGCCAGCAGCUUUGCCGCGUUGGCACUCACGCGCUCUCUAUUUUGCGCUUCGUUUCCACUGUUCGGGAGGAAGUUAUUCGACGAGCUCGAUUUCAACCUGGCAUCUACAUUGUUUGCUUCGUUGGCUACAGCUCUCUGCAUUGUACCGCCGAUGUUGUUGCGGUAUGGAAGCUUAGCGGACCGGAAUACCAUAUUUGUGCAAAGCACUGGGCGCCAAUACGGAGGCAACAGAGUUUCAGCCUCAGCCCCGGCAGUGCCUCCGCCCGAAACGGCUUGCCUGGCCUCCAAGCCAACCGCCAAGUUACGCAUGAGUGCGGCAGGUCGUGUUCCCGGGUCAUCGUAG